AUGACCGACGGAAACAACAAAAUCUCAUCGGAAAAUAUCGAAGAGGAAGGAUCUGCAUCGAAGCGUCAAAGAAUUGAAGAAGAAAAUAGUCAGAAUGCAGAGAACAACGCAAAUGAUCAGCAUCCUUUGACGCUUCGAAUGAUGUAUAAUACAUGUCAAGAAGUGUUGGAAAAGCAGAAAAAUAUCGAAAAUUUUAACACAGAAAUUGUCGAUGAGCUGCGCUUCUUCAAAAACGAGCUUCAAUUGAUUCGUGACGAUUUGAAACCAAAAACAGUGACAGCAGCAGUUCCGAUAAAAGCCGAUAGCAAGAAUACAACUGCUUGGAACCCUGAAAACAAGAGUGCUACCAUGCCGACUACUGGAAAAUGCUUUGUGCUAAGACAUGUCUUCAAGAAUGUCUCGAAUAUGAAGGAAGAUGAAUAUCGGUUGUCAGAAGUGGAAGAGCACUUUGGAGUUAAAUGGAGAAUGAAUGUGCGCCGAACGAAAGAACAUCUUGAGUUUCAUUUGCAAUGUCUGAAAUCGAUGGACACUGUGAAUUGGACAAUCGAAACUCAGCGAAAACAUGUACUAGUUUCGAAUCGUGUGGAAAACAAAGUGAUGGAAAGCAUAAGAAUAUUUGACAAAGAAUCUCCCUCGUGGGGAUGGCCAGAGUUUAUCAAAUGGGAUGUUCUGGAAAAAGACUUCCUUGUCGAUGACAAACUGACUGCUGAAAUUCACGUGAAAAUCGAGAAAACAACAUGUAUUUAUAAAGAUAAUCUGAGAAGUUUCGACGAGACAAUGGAAGAAUUCUCGGAUGUUGUACUUGUUGUCAACGAAGAGAAAUUUUAUGUUCUAAAAUUGUAUUUGGCUGCUCACUCUCCAUAUUUCAAGGCCUUGUUUUUGGGACAGUUUCAAGAAUCGAAGAAAUCGGAAAUCAAAUUGACUGGAAUCGACGCAGAUGAUUUCCAGAACUACCUCGAACUGCUUUAUGGAGAAAGUGCAGUUGAUGAAUUCACAGCAGAAGGAAUGCUCAUGGUGGCUGAUAUGUACGAUACUCCACUGGUAAUCCGCAAAUGCGAGCAGUUUCUACUCAAGGAAUCAAAGAAAACAUUGAAGAAGAAGUUAGGAUUGUCUACUCGAUACAGUUUGGAAACACUCAAGAAGAAAUGCCUCGCUGAAAUCAAAUCGAUUGGCGAUCUUCAAGCUGUUCUGCCAGGGAAUGUGCAAGAUUUGGACAAAUCUAUAAUGGGCGAACUUCUUGAAAAAUCCAUUUCACUUCAUAAUUGA